AUGGAGCUAUAUAUACAAGUACUGAAGCCUGCAGAGAGCGAAGACACUGAGGGAAAACCACCACUCCAGAAACUGAAACAGCAUCCUGUUCCUUCAUCUGAAUUGAAAGAAGAGAAGAAGAACAAGAUGUGCUACAAGGUGGAGUGCAGCAAGUGCAGCAAGUUCACCUGGAACGGCUGCGGCAAGCACGUCGCGGCCGUGUACGAAGGGAUCGAGAAGGGGAAGCACUGCAGCUGCAAGCCAUGGCCAGGCGUCGACACCAAGGCAGAAGGAUCCACAUCCGCUGCCAAAGAAGGUGAAGCGAAAGCUUGA